AUGACUUCCCGGGACCAGCUGGUACAGCAGGUGUUGCAGGAACUGCAGGAGGCAGUGGAGUCCGAAGGCCUGGAGGGGCUUGUGGGAACCGCCAUCGAAGCCAAGCAGGUCUUGUCUUCCUUUGCCCUUCCCCAAUGCCGGGAAGGGUGUCCCAGCCCGCAGGUGCUGCAGGUGGACCCAGUGGCCAUGAGCCUGUACCCAGAGGAUGCUCCGCGGAACAUGCUGCCCUUGGUGUGCAAGGGCGAGGGCAGCCUGCUGUUCGAGGCGGCCAGCAUGCUGCUGUGGGGCAACACGGGCCUCAGCCUGGAGCUGCGUGCGCGCACCGUGGUGGAGAUGCUGCUGCAUCGCCACUACUACCUCCAGGGCAUGAUUGACUCCAAAGUGAUGCUGCAGGCCGUGCGCUACUCCCUGUGCUCCGAGGAGUCCCCCGAGAUGACCAGCCUGCCCUCCACCACGCUGGAGGCCAUCUUCGACGCGGACGUCAAGGCCACCUGCUUCCCCAGCAGCUUCUCUAACGUGUGGCACUUGUACGCGCUCGCCUCAGUGCUGGAGCGCAACGUUUACUCCAUCUAUCCCAUGCGCAACCUUAAGAUCCGGCCUUACUUUAACCGGGUCAUCAGGCCUCGCCGCUGUGACCACACGCCCUCCACGCUGCACAUCAUGUGGGCAGGCCAGCCGCUCAGCAGCCACCUCUUCCGCCACCAGUACUUUGCCCCGGUGGUGGGUCUGGAGGAAGUGGAGGUGGAGAGUGUGGCCAGUCUGGGCCCGGGCCCUGCAGCUCUGCCCGCCCUGCCUCCUCCAGCCAAGACCCUGGAGCUGCUCAACCGCGAGCCUGGCCUCAGCUACUCGCACCUCUGCGAGCGCUAUGUCACCAAGAGCACCUUCUACCGCUGGCGGCGCCAGUCCCAGGAGCACCGGCAGAAGGUGGCCACCCGCUUCUCGGCCAAGCACUUUCUGCAAGACAGCUUCCACCGCGGGGGCGUGGUGCCGCUGCAGCAGUUCCAGCAGCGCUUCCCCGAGAUCUCCCGAUCCACCUACUACGCCUGGAAGAACGAGCUGCUGGGCUCCGCCUUCGUUCAGGCCCUGGCGCCCAGGCAGACGCUGGCCAUGAAGCAGCCGGAGGAGCAGCUGGGGGAGCAGGGUGCCAACGGGCUGGAGUGCCCGCUCCCAAGCCCUGGAGUGUUUGUGAUGCAACGGGCCAAGCUGUACCUGGAGCACUGCAUCUCCCUCAACGUUCUGAUUCCCUAUCGCUGCUUCAAGCGCAGGUUCCCUGGCAUCUCCCGGUCCACCUACUACAACUGGCGUCGAAAGGCCCUCCGGAGGAACCCCAACUUUAAGCAGGCAUCGUCUGUCUCGGUAGCAGAGGAUCCCCAAACAGUCCCUGCAGAAGUAGUGUCUCCAUCCUCCUGUAAGAGCGAGGAGGGAGAAGGGCUAGGGAGAAGCACCAACGAGGGGGCUCUGGCGCCCCGGGAGCCCCUACCCUUGAAAAUGCCCUUGCCUCGCUGGCAGAGACGGCUGCGCAGGGCCGCCCGCAAGCAGGUGCUAAGUGGGCACCUUCCUUUCUGCCGCUUCCGUCUCCGCUACCCUAGCCUGUCACCGUCCACCUUCUGGGCCUGGAAGAGUCUUGCCCAGCGCUGGCCCAGAAGCCUGUCCAAACUCCAGAGGGAGGUCCCUGCCUUGAGCAAACGAAGGGCAUUAGAGGCCCAAGGGAGGCCAGAGAAGGAAGCUGGCAGCAGUGUGACAGACAAGGCGACCUCACCCAAGGGAGAGCUACAGGAGGAGCCUUCAACAGAGAGGAUGGGAGAGCCUUCCAGAGAGGAGGCCCUAGGAGAAGAGGUCACCGCCCAUGGUGGGUCCCCAUCACACUACCCUGUGACGGCUGUGGAUGACAGGGAUGACCCAGUGCUGGUGAUGGAUAUGAUCACCACCACCAAGUUCAAGGCCCAGGCCAAGCUGUUUUUACAAAAGCGCUUCCAGUCUAAGAGCUUCCCUUCAUACAAGGAGUUCAGCACACUCUUUCCCCUCACUGCUCGCUCCACGUAUUACAUGUGGAAGCGGGCACUCUAUGAUGGCCUCACCCUGGUCGAUGGCUGA